GGCGGGGGGCUGGGCUGGGCUGUCAGCCCGUCUCUGCUCCACUGCCAGGAAGGGCGAGGCGCCGAGAGACUCUGGCGCCUCCGCAGAGCCCCCGGGCGGCCCCUGCGGCGGAGAUUGGGGGCGAGGGGAGGGGACUCGGGCGAAGGGCCUCGGCGGGGCUUUGGAGGCGUUGGCGAGGAAGGAAGGGGAGGCGAGGGCAUAAUAUGGCGCAACGCUAGGAUAAUCUCCACCGCGCCCGAGGGAGGACGAGCCCACUGCUGCAGCAGCGCGAGGAGGAGGAGGGAAACGGUCAGGGCUUGGGUAUCCGAUUCAUCCCCCGGAGCCUGCGGGCUACGAGGAAGAAACGCCGCGGCGGGCAAGCGAGAGAAGAGGAGGUGAUAGACGCGGCCGGAGAAGAUGUCGGGCCAAACGCUUACGGAUCGGAUCGCCGCCGCUCAGUACAGCGUGACAGGCUCCGCUGUUGCGAGAGCGGUCUGCAAAGCCACCACUCAUGAAGUGAUGGGCCCCAAGAAAAAGCACCUGGACUAUUUGAUCCAGGCUACCAAUGAGACCAAUGUUAAUAUUCCUCAGAUGGCCGACACACUCUUCGAGAGGGCAACAAACAGUAGCUGGGUGGUUGUAUUUAAAGCUUUAGUCACUACACAUCAUCUCAUGGUGCAUGGAAAUGAGAGAUUUAUUCAGUACUUGGCCUCUAGAAAUACACUGUUCAAUCUCAGCAAUUUUUUGGACAAAAGUGGAUCCCAUGGUUAUGAUAUGUCUACCUUCAUAAGGCGUUAUAGUAGAUAUUUGAAUGAAAAGGCUUUCUCUUACAGACAGAUGGCAUUUGAUUUUGCCAGAGUGAAGAAAGGGGCCGAUGGUGUAAUGAGGACAAUGGCUCCUGAAAAGCUACUGAAGAGUAUGCCGAUACUACAGGGACAGAUUGAUGCACUGCUUGAGUUUGAUGUGCAUCCCAAUGAGCUAACAAAUGGUGUCAUAAAUGCUGCAUUUAUGCUUCUUUUCAAAGAUCUUAUCAAACUUUUUGCUUGCUACAAUGAUGGCGUUAUUAACUUACUUGAAAAGUUUUUUGAAAUGAAGAAAGGACAAUGUAAAGAUGCCCUAGAAAUUUACAAACGAUUUCUAACUAGAAUGACACGAGUAUCUGAAUUUCUCAAAGUUGCAGAGCAAGUUGGCAUUGAUAAAGGUGACAUUCCUGACCUCACGCAGGCUCCCAGCAGUCUUAUGGAGACCCUUGAACAGCAUCUAAAUACAUUAGAAGGAAAGAAACCCGGAAACAAAUCUGGUGCUCCCUCUCCGUUAAGUAAGUCUUCUCCAGCCACAACUGUUACGUCUCCUAAUUCUACACCAGCUAAAACUAUUGAUACAUCCCCACCGGUUGAUUUAUUUGCAACUGCGUCUGCAGCUGUCCCUGUCAGCACUUCUAAACCAUCUAGUGAUCUUCUGGACCUCCAGCCAGACUUUUCUUCUGGAGGGGCAGCAGCAGCCGCAGCACCAGCGCCACCGCCACCUUCUGGAGGAGCCACGGCAUGGGGAGACCUUUUGGGAGAGGAUUCUCUGGCUGCACUUUCCUCUGUUCCCUCUGAAGCACAAAUUUCAGAUCCGUUUGCACCAGAACCUACCCCUCCUACUACAACUUCUGAAAUUGCAACUGCUUCAGCCUCUGCCUCAACUACCACAACUGUCACUGCUGUCACUGCUGACGUCGAUCUCUUUGGAGAUGCCUUUGCAGCUUCUCCCGGGGAGGCCCCUGCAGCAUCCGAAGGGGCCGCCGCGCCAGCGACCCCAGCCCCCGUAGCCGCAGCCCUUGAUGCAUGCUCAGGAAAUGACCCCUUUGCCCCGUCUGAAGGUAGUGCAGAGGCUGCGCCAGAGCUGGACCUCUUUGCAAUGAAGCCACCUGAGACCAGUGUUCCUGUAGUUACCCCUACAGCUAGCACAGCCCCUCCGGUUCCCGCCACUGCUCCUUCUCCUGCUCCCGCUGUCGCAGCUGCCACUGCUGCCACUACCGCCGCCGCCGCCACCACCGCCGCCGCCACCGCCACCACCUCCGCCACCACCACCGCCGCUCCUCCUGCUCUAGAUAUCUUUGGUGAUUUGUUUGAGGCCCCUCCGGAAGUCGCUGCGGCACCUAAGCCGGAUGCUGCACCUAGCAUAGACCUGUUUGGGACAGAUGCUUUCUCCUCUCCACCACAAGGGGCCUCUCCUGUGCCUGAGAGUUCUCUCACUGCUGACCUCUUAUCCGUGGAUGCAUUUGCGACACCAUCUCCUGCAACCACUGCCUCUCCAGCAAAGGUGGAUUCUUCAGGUGUGAUAGACCUUUUUGGGGAUGCAUUUGGAAGUAGUGCUUCUGAACCCCAACCUGCACCUCAGGCUGCUUCUAGUUCAUCAGCGUCGGCAGACCUACUAGCUGGAUUUGGGGGUUCUUUUAUGGCUCCUUCUCCAUCACCAGUGACUCCAGCUCAGAAUAACCUGCUACAGCCCAACUUUGAGGCAGCUUUUGGAACAACGCCUUCAACUUCUAGCAGCAGCUCCUUUGACCCAUCAGUGUUUGAUGGUCUAGGUGAUCUACUGAUGCCAACCAUGGCACCAACUGGGCAGCCUGCACCCAUUUCAAUGGUACCCCCCAGUCCAGCUAUGGCAGCAAGCAAAGCCCUUGGGAGUGACCUUGACUCAUCUCUUGCCAGCUUAGUAGGCAAUCUUGGAAUUUCUGGUACCACAUCCAAAAAGGGAGAUCUUCAGUGGAAUGCAGGAGAGAAAAAGUUGACUGGUGGAGCCAACUGGCAGCCGAAGGUCGCCCCCGCAACUUGGUCAGCAGGCGUCCCACCAAGUGCACCUUUGCAAGGAGCUGUACCUCCAGCCAGUUCGGUUCCUCCUGUUGCUGGGGCCCCAUCUGUUGGACAGCCUGGAGCAGGGUUUGGAAUGCCUCCUGCUGGGACAGGCAUGCCCAUGAUGCCUCAGCAGCCAGUCAUGUUUGCCCAGCCCAUGAUGAGGCCACCCUUCGGAGCUGCGGCUGUACCGGGCACACAGCUUUCUCCAAGCCCUACACCUGCCACUCAGAGUCCCAAGAAACCUCCAGCAAAGGACCCAUUAGCGGAUCUUAACAUCAAGGAUUUCUUGUAAACAAUUUAAGCUGCAAUUUUUGUGACUGAAUAGGAAAAAAAAUAAUGAGUUUGGAGACUUCAAGUAAAAUUGAUGCUCAGAGUUUCAAAGUGAGCCACCGGUACCAAACCCAAUGCUUACUCGUAACUUCUCUUCCAAAAUGUGUAGCACAGCUGUGAAAGUGAACAUUAGGAAUGUGUACUACCUUAGCUGUUAUCCCUACUCUCAAAACUGUAGUGUAUUUGGGUUAUUUGUGUGUUGUACGAUGUAAAAACAAUGAAUGGAUGUUUCUGAUGCCUUUAGUGCUUUUCUGGACCUCGCCCAUGGACGGAUGACGCAGCUGUUGUAUGGUGAGCCAUUCGGAAAGAUGUGUCUGUGUUUUUGAGGGUUUUGAUGUAUAUAUGACUUUUGGACAAACCUAAACUCUUCCCAUAAAUUCUCUUUUUCUCUGUAUCUCUGUUACAAACAUAGUGUGAUAAUAUCAAAUAGUAAGGAAAACACUCUUAAAUAUACAAAACUUUUUCGGUGUGGAGUACAUUUUUCCAAUCACAGGAACUUCAACUGUUGUGAGAAAUGUUUAUUUUUGUGGCACUGUAUAUGUUCAGAAAUUUUGUUUUAAAAAAAUAUAUAAGGGUUAAUGUCCAUCAUAAAUAUUUCUCCUUGAAUCUACCUUAUCAAGAAUGAAAAAAAUCAUAUGGAAAGAAUUCCAUAUUUAAUCACUACUAUAUUAAAAUGUAUAUUUUGAUUAUAUUUGACAGGUUUUGCAUCUAAAUUGACCUAUUUAUUCAUUCUUGAUUAAAUGCACUGAAAAGCAAAGGGUCCGUUUCUAUCCCGUCCGUGAAAAUGCAAUUACAGAUGUGCUAUUCAAAUGAUGAUGAAGGCACCCCAAGGUAUUUGUGUAAUUUAAAGAUUACUGCAAAUAUUUUUGUUUUAUUGUGGGUUUUAUGUACAUCUGUUAAUUUGGUAUUUCUUUGUGUGUUCUGUAGACUAGUGUUCUUCCAUCCCUCAACUGAGCUCAAAGUAGGUUUUGUUGUACCAUUGUGAUUAGAAUUUAAACUAAUUCAGAGAAUUGUAUCCUUUACUGUACAUACUGUAUUCUUUAAUUUUUAAUUUGUUGUCAUACUGUCUGUGCUGAUGGCUUGGCUUAAGAUUUUGAUGUAUAAAUGAGGUCACUGUUGAUCAGUGUUGCUAGUGGCUUGGCAGCUCUUUGUAAAAGCAUAUUGGGUUGGAAAGGUGUUUGCCUAUUUUUCAAAUUAUUUAAUAGAUGUAUGGUACCAUUUAAAAGUGGUUGUAUCUGAAUUUACUGUGGGGAUAACAUACACUGUAAUGGGGAAAAAUUACCUAAAACCAAUUUCAAAAUGGCAUUUCUUUCUAUUUCAGUUUAAAAACCCAGUGCAUGUACGCCCUCUGAGAUGCAAUAAACACCUUGAACAAAGAAAAUGCAAACAUAAUCUUUCUCUUUUCGGUUAUUUUUUAGAGAAAAUGUCUGUUUCAAAUGACACACAGCAUAUACAAAAUAUUGAAAACUUAGAAACAGUCACAGUGAGAAAUGCUGUUCAUGCCAACGUCGUUCCGAUUAUUUUCUAACAAAUUAAAAACAAGGGGGGAGAAAAGAACAUUUUAAUCAGCUGUCUUUAAACUUGGGACUCGGUGGCUGCCAUCAUAUUUCAAAAAAGAAAAGGAUAAACUUUCUUUUAAAUUCUGCAAGCCUUAUAAUAGUUUUCUAAGAAUUCUCCAUUAAAGCUGAAGAAUUCCAAGACUUGAUAGUUUACAGACACACUUGUCUGCCCAUAAACUCGGACGCAAAAAUCUAGAAACCUGGCUGACUUUAUGCCCAUAACUCAAUUGUGACAAUGACUCAAAAGGUAGUCCGCUCCCAAAGAGAAGUGUUUCUCAGCCACAGGCAAUAUCCUUAUUUCUAAAACUUUCUUGCCGUUAUCUAACUAGGAUUUGUAUCUCGAGAACUAACUUUCAGAAGCUAGUAUCUGGUUAUGUAUUAUGAUUUUUGUAGAUUACAUUUUGGUCAUAUACUACCCUGUAUGCAUUUGUAAUAGAAAUGUGUUUGAGACGUUAAGUAGUUUUCAGUUUAAUAGUGGAUUUUUAAUCAGCUUUUUUUCUUCACUGAAUGGCCCACAGGGUAUAAAUUCCUAAUAGGUGAAACUGCAAGAGCACUGUUUUUAAAUCGGACGCUCAAGCCUCGGUGGCAGUGAGGUUCUUGGUGGCCCUUGUACAAUUGUCAUAUAGAUGAGAUGCUGAAUGAGUUGCUCUGGGUGCUUAAAAAAUGAAUCUGAAUUACUUUCAACAUGGGUCCAGGUUAGCCACGAUGUCCUUCUGCAUGUGAGCCUGCCUUUCUUGCCUCACCUCUUCACGUAUGAGGCUGUAGGCACAUGCACGUGGUUUGUGCAUGAGGCUGUGGGCACGUGCACAUGGUUCUCUACAUUGCCACAGCAGUCCUGAGGCAAGGGGACACCAAGCACUUAGCUGGCUCUCACAGGGCCCUCUGCCUGACGUGACCUCCCCAACUCCAGCAGUCCAGCUCAAUCGCACUUGUCUGUCAUGACUCCUCAUCCCACUCUUAUCAACCCUUAAGGCACUUAACAUGCCAUCUUAUAAUCAUCUGUGACUGUGGCAUCUGCUCUGGCCAGUUGUGAGCUCAAAGGCAGGAAACAUUGCCAGUUCACAUCCUCAGGGACUAGCACUUCUAUGGGGACUGGAUGAGUGUCUGCAGGAUGAAUACCAGUAGUUCUGAGAGGUGUCCCUUACCCGGACACUGCCGAGCUAGUACCAUAUUUCUAUCUACUGAAGAAUAACUCUCCUAUGGACAUUUAUUGUCAAAUGUUAGUAGAGUUUUAAUAGUUGUCAGCUCAUUCUAGUAGAACUAACAUCCAUUAAAAAGUCUUGGGCUGAAGAUAUUGAGUCACUUUUUAUUUGGUAUAAUGAUAACAAGUGAUUCCACCAUAUUAAAAUGUCUCCUUUGUUCUCUUUUAUGUUAUUUGUUAUACUUAAAAAAGAAGAAGAAGAAAGGCCAAAGACUUUUUUAGAGGAGUCAUGGGGUUUGCAAGAGGAGGAAAGGAGUACACGUAAAAAGAAAUGGCAAGUCACAGAAAGAAAAAUUAUGUGAAAGCCUCCUUCUGCCUCUUAGGUAGAUACCUUUAAUAAUUUAGCCCCAUAUUUUUGUUGGUGGAAGAGGGGCAUGCUCUGCCAGCAGUGAUGAUCACAGUGUUUCUUGUGUGGGAGAAAUAAAUAGGAAGUCCUAUUUAUUUCAAAAUAAAAAUCAGUGUCAUCUUGGUAGAGAAGUCACAUUGGUCUGUUUUCAAGGCAACAGGUUUUGUGGUAGUUUCUUGUGGAUCCUCUUGGGCUUUAAGAAAAUUUCAGUUUCAGCCUUGCUGACAGAAGAGUUCACUACCGCACGCAUUAUCUGGAUCCCCUCUGUGAGAGGAAACGUGAGGGAGCCGUGUUGGGGAGUUAGUGACGAGGUCAUUAACCGGAACUAAACCCUCCGAACUGCAGCCCUGCAUCAUCUGAGUUCAUUUCCGUGCACGUGUGUCCAAACAAUUCUGAAGCCUAAAGGGAUUCUGGAAUGGACUCCGUAGUAGGUAACUCUGCAUCUCCUUUACAAACUCUGGUUUCACUGCACCUUUGCACUUUUUAUUGAGGCCCUCCAGAAGCUCUCAUUUAUGUGGAUUUUCUGUGUCAAUGCUUCUGAUGUUAGAAAUUAAAAUACAGAAACCUUCAAAUGUCUUUAAUUCAUUUAAAAAUAAAAAUAUGAAGGGCCACUUGGGUGGCUCCGUCCAUUGA